AGAUGAUGGAGGGGGAGGCACACGGACAUCGCCACACGCGCGUGUCGCCACCAUUAGCGAGCAACUCCGGCAAACGCGCUCCGUGGGCACCGCGCUCGCCUUCAUCCCCCAUCGCUGCCGCUGCGCCGCAGCUGUAGUUCUUGUGAGGGUCGUGAAGACCUCGAAAGGCUGAAAGAGGAAGAGAGCUUUUCCAUCGCAUCUCUCUGAGCAAUUAGCGUAUCGUCUCUUCUGUCGUCUCGCCGUAAUUAUUUAUUCAUAUCGGGACGCGGCCGCUCUUAAAGGGCCGGUCACGGGCACGCAUGCGUUUAAAAAGUGAGCGAUUAUCGCAGCGACGUAAAUCUACGAUUUCCCCGGUCCCAUCGCUGGGCGCGAGGGGAGAGGCGGCGGAGCGCGGUCGGACCCCUGAGCGCGGAGAAGGGACGCCACCCGCAACCCCUUGAGCCGCUGCGCUCGGAGGAGCUGGGAGCUUCGGGCGAGCCGGGGUCUCCCACUGUCCAAGGCGUGCGAGGCGGCGCGACGCUCGGCAUGGAGAGAAUGAAGGAGGGGACUCCACAGCAGCAGCAGGGGAUGGUGGCGCCGCGUUUGGCCUUCAGCGUGGACGCGUUAAUGUCGGACCUUCGAGAGCGUGAGAGAGAGCGUGAGACGGAUCGUGAGACGGAGCAAGACAUCUCCACCAUCAAAGGCGGUGGCGCUGACGCUGGAGACACUGAGAGUCCGACAGCUGCAGAGACUCAGAGAGACAACGGCCCCUGGGGUCCGCCAUCGAAGUUCUCGUCUCCAUCAAGACAGGAGCCAAGCCCCCCGGCGUGCCCCCUGCGCAAGCACAAGGCGACACGAAAACCGCGGACACCGUUCACCACCUCCCAGCUGCUCGCCUUGGAACACAAGUUCAGACAGAAGCAGUACCUGUCCAUCGCGGAGCGUGCAGAGUUCUCGACCUCGCUCAGCCUCACGGAGACACAGGUCAAGAUCUGGUUCCAGAAUCGCCGAGCCAAGGCCAAGCGACUCCAGGAGGCAGAACUCGAGAGAUUAAAAAUGGCAGCCAAGCCACCUGCGCUGUCGUCGCACUUUGGCCUCCCCACGGCCUUCGGGCCCCUCGGGGCGCCCCUGCCUGCUCACGGCCUCUACCUCACGGCGUCCGGGCUGUUCGCGCGACCCGCGGGCCUCCCCAUGGGCCCUAUGGGGCUGUACCCGACACCGGUGGCGUACAGCCUCUACCACCACUCGUAGUGCGAAUGGUGCAGAGAACGGCGUCAUGGUAGCGCCGCUCCGUCGAGGAGCGUGGAGUUAACUUGGCGCCUGGGUGGAGGGUGCCGAUACUUUCUGAGCAUUGGUUAUGAACAAUGCUUAUGCAAGUCGAUCAGUUAAUUAUGAACGUCGACGUGUGAUGAACAUUAUGGACGUCGAUACAAUAAGAAUGUCAAUGCAUUGUGAACGUAGAAGGUAGCGGAAUAAUAACUUUAAUCGACAAAAGGUGGAACCUUGAAUCAUGUUGUCGGAUGAAUUGCAAUCAUCACUGAAGUACUGUACUAACGCCGAUUAAUGACAAGGUCGAUUAAUUGCGUACCUCAAAUUACGACAGUAAUUAGUUACGGUUUUCAAAAUAAACUAUGCCUGAACCGACGACACCCAUUAGCCCUGCCCUGACCGUGACCUCUCAGCGGCCCCAGAGACGGCUCAGGGCUGAGCGGCAGGGCCGGGCACACGCGGCCAUCGGGAGAUGAGAACCCAAACCGCGGAAGUCUAAAUGACAGACAAUUCCGUCUCCUUCCAAUAUCCACCUCUUCACAUAAACUAGAAACUAUUUUGUUUAAGCACGUCUCAUCAGCCACACGGUUAUAGUUCCGGGAGUGAUUGGAGCGGAGAGACUGAUGAAGAUGCUGAUGAGCAGAUUGUCGUUCAGUCAGAUCGCGACCUCCGAGUCGAGAAGAGUCCAAUCGUGGGAAGUCGGAUCGUUACCUGACUAUCCUUUACCUAUGUGCGUUCAUCGACCCGGAAAGGUGAAAGACACUCAAAGCAGCACCUGUACUUGCAUGGGACACUCCGCCUGUACAUAGCAUCAUUGCUCUCCUGCUGAUGAGUCAACUGGAGUCAAUGUCAGCUGCAGCUCACGCAGCAUGGAGCAGAGGCCGGCAUCGCAGUACACGCGGAAGGUUGGCUCAGCUUUCUGCUUUCAAUGCGAUCUCCAUGUGUGUGACUUGAACGAUAUCGUGAGGGGACAUGUCAAGAGUUUUGGUGACGUCACUGAAAGUCCCACUCUCACGUGGGCGAGUGCCGCCGAAUGACGCUACUUGGCCAAAAAAGUUAAUAAAUACAAAAGUACAUUCUUGUAUAAAUUGUACACAAAUAGCUAUUGUAUUGUUAAUAUGACGUUGUACAUAUAUUGUACGUAUGGAAUGUGUCGGAUGUAAUGACGUGCGUGCAUUGUACGUCGCCCUCACGUCGCGCUGACCCUGCAGUCACCAAGAGCGUCUGUUCAGCACGUGGUCCGAGAGUUCAUUGUUCCGUUGCGCUACGAACCUCUCCGGGACUUUGUAAAGCAUUACGACUGCCAACGUUACAUUUACAAACAUCACUGAUAAUGGGUAACACAUUAAAUGUGACCAGGUUUAUUCUCAACAGUUAUUCGAUCGGAAGGUCGCGUAUGGUGUGGUAAAGUGUGGGUACACCGAGCUCCUCCAGCAUGACUGGUCAAUGUCAAAGAGUAGACCAGGUAUCUCUCUCGAGAGUUCGCUCGAGUGGAGGUCCUUCGUUCAGCAGUGGUGUGAGCAGCAGCUCCAGGGUCGCAUCUCUACCCGCAGCUGUCUCCCCAAAAUUGGAAGGAACACAACUCCGCUGUACACGACACGUGGGCCCACUUUCUGAACAAAUGAGCGCAGCUCGUCACGAGACACAAAGUCGCCUCUCGCGUGCGGACGACUCGGGAAGAGACUCCAGUCAGUGAAACCUCCUCCUGUGGUGAAUGCAUCUGCCGCUACUGGGUACACGAUUUCAACUUCAAGUUACGACGCUACGUUACAAUCAGCGGGACGAUAUUAUUUGUAAAAUAAGACCGAGGUUCUUAAUUAAUUAAAGAAUCACCAGGAAUGUUAAGCCGAAAUUCAGCGACACAAAACUGGAGUUUGGCGUCGUAACUCAAGUGCAGCGCAUUUUUCUGCUACCAGGUCGGCUACUUAACCUUACUUCCGCGCAUAUAUAAUUAUAUACACUGACGUGUUUUGAAUGCGGAGAAGCAUUUACAGAUUUACAGAAUAAAAGUGUACAUCGAAAGAGACUCUGGGUACUGGGGUGUGAAGGUGUUUGAUGACGAUAAUUGACGCCAUAAUGGAAUAUAUUUACCAAGGAAAGAAUGAGUCUUAAUACUAUUUUUUUAGGAUGACCCUGUACGCGUUGGGAUGUUUGGUCAAUUCAAUUAAUGAGUGUUUGUCACUCCCGUGAGUAUUUGGAACUGCCAAACACUCACGAGAAGUGACCAUGGAACAUAUAGCGACUCAAUGCCCGAUUCAAAAAUACGAAGGAGGCAUCACAACGAGUUACUCCGCUACUCCCGAUGCAAUCAUCUGGCUCAACCACCUCAACGUAAAAUGUUGGUUGUUGCUCCAUAUCAACAUCAGCCGCACGAUGACUCCGCGAUCAUUCUUGACCAUCGGCCACCGUCCCUUUAAGCCACAGCCCAUGUUUAGUAGCGGAUUGCGUUGUCUUAAACGUGAGUCUGUUCUCUCAUUCGUGUACUGUGACACUCGAUGUUGAAACCGGUUUAGGGCUUUGCUUGUGUUCAACCCAUGCUGAUGGGAUGCGUAAACAAUGAUGGAUAUGUGUUGUACGCCUUCUUCCCAUAUUUACCCCCAGAUGUGGGGCGGUGAAUCGUCUGCUUAUUCAUGUUUCUCUUUAUAGAGAUUCGGAAUGUAGGCAGUAGAUAGGAGGGCGGGUGGGGGAGCAAUUCAUAUAAAUAAUUUUCCACUUCUCUGUGCUCGUGAGCGGUACAGUGGUGGCUGGUAGGCCAACAGCGUUUCAUUUCGCGUUUCUUUCACAGCCGCGUUCUUUCCCCUCUCCGACUCGCAUCUCCAGAACCUUACAGAGCUCCCCACUCAUGCAUCACCCCCUCCUCUUGCUCCCCCACCCUACCCACUUCUCCGCCCCUCUGCCUUGUGUUUUCUGAAGGAAAGUCCAUGCAGUUUCAGUUACGGUUCUUAUAUUGCGCGGCCUCCACCCCCACCGAAUAAGUGUCUUAAUAAGAGCGCCCCAGCCUCCUCUGUCUCCGCUUAUAAUAUUUCCGUCUGCCGACACCAGUGAGUGCGGGCGAUUGUUUCACUGGCACCGGGGCGGGUGAGACGCCAGUGGGAGGGGGAGACGCGAGGGGAGGCGGCGGCGGCGAGGGCUCGAGAGAGAGGGAGGGAGACAGAGGGAGGGAGAGAUGGUUGGAGCGAGAGUGUUACGCUGGGUAUUGCAGACGCGGUGUCAACGCGAUUGUGCUAUUGCAAGGAUGGUCGAACUAGCAGACAAAUAUAGCUUGACAGAUAGACACACGUCGAUAUACACACGUAUUGCCAUGGAUAGACACGUACAAAUAUACAUGUAUUCAGACAAAAAAAGUGAGCUAGCAUGGUGUAGCGGUAGCAAUUGCAGAGGUCGCAGGUUCGAUUCCAUUUCCCAGCUCGGCAUUUGAAACAAUGGAGCAAUUUCCCCAAAUUCCCCGUGCACUACGAUUACUCGGUCGACAGGUCGCGUGCGGUGGGGUAAAGUGUGGCUACUACCACCACUUCCAAGAGGUCUGGUGAAACUGGAAGAGUAGACUAAAUACGCUUAAGUUUGAUCGAGUGGAGACCCUUCCACCAGCAGUGACGUGAGAAAGUAUUUUCAGGGCCGCACCUCUCUCUCUACCUUUUGUUGAAGACAAAACCAACAGACACGAAGAGACCAGCAGACAGAAUACGCUCUUUAUGAUCACACGAGUGUCCUUUGAGAUCAAGAGUCGUCUCUGCAAAGGAGACCUGGUUUAAUAAUGAUGAUAAUGUGUUAAUAACGUAGUGCCCUUCAUACAGGCAGGCCUCAAUGAGUCUCAACAACUCUUUCACGAGGGUCAUGCCGAGUACUCUGCAUGGACUUUGAGAAGUGGUUUGCUCCGCGUGGGAGGGAACCAGAGGAAUAGCACGCUGUUAGCACGGUUGGCUACGUACGGUGCGAAAGAAGUUCAACACAGAUAUAUACGAAAUUCCGCGACACAGACGGCUAACCAACUUGCUUUACUGUCAUACCCUCAUUACCUCGGAGCACAGCGAGUUUUGGGGUGUCUUCACAAAUCUUUGCGCAAUCCACCAACCCUGGCAUUUGGGACUGCGGUUGCUGUGUGUUGAGUGCCUACAAUGGAUGGCCGUCCUAACAUCGAGACGUCUUCGUGGCCCAAGCAGUUCAUGCCACGAGCGCACCUCGCCACCGACGCGGUGUCGACCUUCCGCCAGAACCUGCAGCUGCUGCUCAAGAGAUACGCAGCGACCUCCAAGAGCUUCCCCGACCGUCUCCUACCGUCUGCUCUUAGACUCACACAGAAACCCAUCGACUCUCGACUCACACAGACACCCAUCGACUCUCACAGA